AUGCUUGAAUUUAAAUGUAAAAAUCAAAAUUUAAAAGUGUUAAUCAUUCUUAUCAUUAUAACAACAUUAUUAUAUGUUGCUGUUGAAACAUGUUUAUUUGUCUCUGAUCAAUAUGUGAUAUAUAAAUAUUUAAUGGAGCAUGGUCUACCUUAUGGCCAUCUCCUUAGUAAUAGUAGAAAGAAAGAAUCAUAUGAUGAAGAUGAAAAAAAAUUGAAGUUAGUCCAAGCAAAAGCUGCUUGGAUAAAAUCUAUCAGUAAUCUUAUACGUUUAAGUUUUGGAUUAGCAACAGUCCUUAUUAUUGGAUAUAUAUCAGAUCGUUUCGGUCGUAAAAUUGCCUUAGGCAUAUUGAUUUUUGGUGAAGCAGUAUAUAUUGGCCUUAUGGGUUUUAUCAUCUAUUUAAAUUUGAAUCCAUGGACAGUUGUUUUUCCCGGUUUAUUUGAAGGAAUUUUUGGCGGUGGUCUUGUAUCAUUCACUGCUCAAAUAUCUGCAUGUUUAGCUGAUAUCACUGUACAACCGGAAGAUUCUAAUGAAAAUUCCAAUACCUCAAGUUUAAAUCAACAAUAUACGUCUAAAGAGCACAGGUGGUUAUUUUUUACGAUGAAUGAUAGUUUGGCAAGUUUAAGUCAUGCUUGUGGUAGUCUAUUUGGAGGUAUACUAGUACACCGCUUGGGUUUCGGUCUCUCUGUUACUAUAUGCAUUGCAUUAUAUACUACCUCAGUACUUGGAUUAUCAAUUCUUCCUGAGACUAAUCCAGAUGUAUUAAGGAGAAGACGUAAUCCACAAAAUAAUGCUAUCUGUCAAUAUAGUGAAUCUAGAUAUGCUGAAGAUGGUCUACUUUACUUAGAAAUUAAAACAAGUGGAUUUAUCAUUAAAAUAAUGGGAAUAUUUAUAAAAAUGCUCAAGGCGAUUCGACAUUCUAGUCCUUUAUCAAGAAUAGUAAUGACAUUGCUUUUUUCCGUAUCUGUAACAGUUGUAGCAGAUCUGCAGUACAUCCACAUAUAUUUAAUGGGUUGUCCAUUUUUUUGGAAUGCACAGACAGUCGGAUUAUAUGCAGGUAUAUCUGAUGCUUUGUCAGCAUGUUUGUCCAUCACAUUCAUUGUGGCAAUUUACAAUUGGGAACAAACUCGUAUAUUACAAUUAUGCAGCAUGGGUGAUACAAAAGAAUAUGUUGCGGAAUAUAAUUCUAUGGAAAUUACAUCAAAAGAAAUGCGAAUACUAUUUAUGAUUACAGCUGUGAUAUUCAUAGGAUUUGGAUUUAUGUUAAUCAACAGAAUAUUGAUGGGUAUUGCAUUCUUAUUCACUUUACCUACUGCUAAUUACAUUGUUUAUGGAGCAUCAGCUGUAAGAUUGGUGAAAAAUACACUUGUUGCACCAAUUCGAACUAUGAUCUCGAUAAUAACACCAAAUGAUAAACAAGGUUUCAUGCUAUCUCUUGGAACAUUUAUUUCGCUUGUGGGAUUUCUGAUCAAUCUGACAGUCUUCCCACUUAUUUAUGCCGGAACUGUACACGCUUUUCCUGGUGCUGUUUUCUUUAUGUGCGGCUUACUCAUAUCGAUUACUAUCGGUUUCGGAGUGUUGUUACCAAUACGUUUAACAAGAAUACAAAAAGAAAUGAUCUUACUAAACUGA